UCUGGGUUCAGUUUGGGUCAGAGGCAACUGGUUUGUCUGGCUCGAGCUCUUCUCAGGAAGACCAAGCUUCUGGUUUUGGAUGAAGCCACAGCAGCUGUGGACCUGGAGACAGACAAUCUGAUUCAGUCCACCAUCAGAACUCAGUUUGAGGACUGCACCGUUCUGACCAUCGCACACCGCCUCAACACCAUCAUGGACUACACUAGGGUGAUCGUGAUGGACAGAGGUUACAUCACAGAAAUGGACACUCCAUCCAAUCUAAUCUCUCAACGUGGUCAGUUUUAUGGAAUGUGUCGGGAGGCGGGACUAAUGUGAAACCCCUGAAGUGAACACCAGUGAGAAAAAGAAAGAAUUGUGGAGCAGAAUACAGCGUACAGCCUUUUCAUCACAAACGUUACAAUAUGGCAUGGCCUCCAUCAGGAUGAAAAGGAUUUGCUCUGUACAGAAGUGGUGAUUUACAGUGUAUUCCUGUAUUUUCUACAACAGACGUCUGGGGUGCUACAGAAUGUAAAAACUUGUAAUGUUAACUUACCACAAAGGUAUUGAGUGGCUGAACAUUGUGCACACAUCAGAUGGUCAGAGACUGUGCUCAUCCUUGUUCAACUCAACUUUGUGUUGCUGGCGAAGUGAAGCUUAGACUGUUAGAAUUAGCCACCUGUUUAGGCUAUUAUUAGUUUCAUGAACAUGUCUGAACAUUUCACUAGGAAAGGUGAGGUUUAGGUAAUCACAUUUUUUUUACGAAAAAGCUACAGUAUCAUUCAGAAAUUGCCUAGUAAAAAUGUCAGGUUUUCUAGCCUAAAUUUUAAAUCAGUAUUUAAUUAGUUUGUACUGUAUCAUGUAUUUUUUAAAUAUUUAUAAAAUGCUUCUAUGCACAUGUCAUGCGUGACUGUCAGACUUGAAAAUUUCCUUUUUAUUUCUUGGACAUUUUCAGUAA